UAGAAAAUUAAAUAGAAAAAAAAUAUCGAUGAAUUCUAAGACAACACUUGAAGAUUCGGUUAAAGAAACUACAGAAAAGGCUGUUGAAAACGUAGUCGAAAACGUGGUAGAGGAUAGUGUGAAUGAAACGGAAGAGCCUCACUUUACACUUACGAUUAAUGUUCCACAGCUACCUGGAAAAACUCAAGUUCUUGCAAACGCAAGCGAACUUGUACAAGAAGUUAGACAAUGGCUCACUGACUCACCGGAAACAUGCAUAUAUACUUGUUUCUCACUUUGUUACAAAGAUAAACGCCUCGAUGAUUAUAAGGAACUUCAAGAAGAAGGAAUUACUCAAGAUUGUGAAUUAGAUCUUAUAGAAGAACCUUAUACGGAACGUGAAGCUCGUAUUCACAUCAUGCAUGUUAGAGAACUACUCGUUGGCCCAUUUAAACAAAAUACGUCGUCUGUUGGGAUAGAUCCUGGAUUAUCAUUUUUUUCGGCUGUUUCUAAUAUUAAUGAAAAGGCUACGAAUGAACAACACCAAAAUAAUGGAAAAGUCAAAGAAAACUCUGAAGCCAAAAAAACACCCUUCGCGGAUUACGAUUUUUCAGCACCUUCAUUAGCAAAGUUUGUCCCUAAUAAUUUUGGUAGAUGCUCAAUUAAGUGUUUAGACUCACUAUAUCUAUCCGGUUGGAAUCCUGUACCAUUUGAACGUCGUCGUAGAGGUGAUCUUUUGUAUUUGACUACAACGACUAUAGAGGGUGAAAUUUUGCAUAUUACUUCAGCAAUUAAUGGAUUUUUUGCCAACAAAUCGACUAUGAAAAACUUUGAUCCAAAUCCUCGCUCGGACCUUAAAGUUUAUCAUGCUCAUUCACUUGUUUCCCUUCUUCAAGCAAUAUCUCCAUCUUUUCGUGCCAAUUUUAAAUCUUUGCAAGAUUUUAUUGCUUUACAUCAUCCUUUCGAGACAAUCCCAGUUAAUACUUGUUUUCCUGCUUACCCUUGGGUCGUUAAACAAUCUAAACAUAUUUAUGAUAUGGGACGUGCAACCGAAAUAUAUUUAAGUCUAGGUACUGAUGCAGUUGAUUCUCUCCGUGACUGGAACGAUGAAUUUCAAUCUCAGCGAGAAUAUCCGCGAGUUGAACUAAAAGACCGUGUUCUACGCGAAAGACUUAUUAAUAAAAUACAAGCUGAUUUUACCGAAAGCGCUGUGAAAGGAGCAAUUGCUGUUAUAAAUGGCAAUGUAAUUCCUUUUAAUCCUCGUGACCCUGAGGAGGAACAUAUGUAUGUUUAUAAUAACAUUUUUUUCAGUAAAGCAUUUGAUACAAGAGGCACAUUUGCAAAACUUGGCGGAAACGAUGCAGCGCAUGUAGCAACUGGUAAAGAUUUAGAAGGUAUACGGACUGUGAAUGCAAUAGAUGUAGAGGGAUUAUAUACCCUUGGAUGUGUUGUAGUAGACUAUAAGGGGAUUAGAAUAGUUGCACAAACUAUUGUUCCAGGUUUGAAAACAUUUCUUAAUAGCUUGUUAUUUUGUAUUUUUCUCAAAUUCUUCACUAUAUUCUUUCAAGGAAUUUUUCGACGUCAAGACGAUUCAUCAAUUGUAUAUGGGUACUUUGAUAACGGACGUGACGAGCCUAGAUUAUGUUCUGAUCCCGAAUUUCAUGAAAUAGUUGGAAAAGCUGCAAAACCUUUACAUCUUGCCGAGCACAGUGUUUCUGAUUCUAAAGAGAAUACUGUCAAACUUUAUACCUCUCUUGAAACUAAGGGUUUGAUGGGGGAUGAUGGUCGUAGAUACUUGUUUGAUUUAUACCGUCUCAAUCCCAUCGAUAUUGAAUUUUUGGAAAAUGAAUGUGAAGAUAAAGAAGGAAGUAACCUUCCUCGUUAUCCUCAUAAGUUGACUUUGUUUAGACCGGAAUUAAUUGAAUCCUAUUGGGAUCAUAAAUCGAGAUUAUGGCUUCAAGAAAUAGCAACAGCUAAGCAAAAAACACAGGAAGAUUCUACUCCGGAAGAUAAUUCCUCAGAUAAUGAAGAAUUUAAUUUUACACUAAAUCCAGAUGCAUUUACUAAUUAUAAGUCGCCCGAAGGUGAAGAAUAUGAAAAAACUAAGAAGAUAGACGAAGAGAACGUUCGUAAUGCGUCUAAAUAUUUAAGGGAUACGGUGAUCCGAAUGCUAAUAAUAGAAUUUACUACAUUGGCUGUAACUCCUGUUGACGGUUCUUCGCUCACGACGACAAUGCAUCGACGUGGUAUAAACAUGCGUUAUUUGGGUAUGAUCGCAAAUGUUAUGGACGAAUCACAAGAUAAAAAGUUGAAUCAUGUAAAACAUCUUGUUAUACAUGAAAUGAUUAUAAGAGCAUCUAAACGCAUUUUACGCAGUCUUCUUCGUGAAUUACCAAUAACAUAUGUCCCAUAUUGUAUUUCACAUUUUUUGAAUUGUUUACUCGGCGCUGAUUAUAAUCCCGAUCCUCAACCGAUGGUAUCUGAUACCACCAUUGGUAUUGAUAACCCCACUUAUGCUUACCUAAAUCUUACACCCUCCUUGCUUUUACAACAAAUUCGUGAUACGGUACUUAUUCGAUUUCGUUAUAGCCUAUCUGAAAAUUUUAUUAAUGUAAAUGUUCGUAAAUUGCCACUUUUGAGAGAAAUUUGUUUACGAGUAGGUAUACAAAUUGCUGCUCAAGGAUAUCAUUUUGUAAAUGUGAAAAAGAAAUCCAGGAAGAGACUUACAACUUUUUUACCAGAUGAUAUUUUGAAUUUAAUACCCAUAGUAAAGCAAGCUAAUCCCAGAAGUGUUUUCGCUGAAGAAACUUUCGAAGCUGGAAAAUUAAGCAUUGCAAGAGGCCAUCGAGAACUUGGUGUUGAUUUAAUGGUGCAAUCCUUAGCGUUACAUGAACAAAGCUAUGGAUUUCUUCAUCCAGCAACAGCAAAAUGUUAUGCGGCAUUAGCAUUAUAUUUCUAUCAUCACGAUGAUAUAGAAAUGGCAAUUGAUUUUCAAAAGAAAGCAGUUGUCGUCUUUGAAAGGACUUGUGGCGUUGAUAGCGUAGACGCAGUUCAUAGUUAUCUUCAUCUUGGUCUUUUCGAAAAUGCUGUUGGUAAUACAGAGUUAGGUCUUCGCUAUAUGAGACAUGCAAUGUAUUAUUGGGAAAUCAUUUAUGGUCUAUUACAUCCAGAUGGUGCAACAGCUGAUCAAAAUGUCGGAAUCAUGUUGCAAAAUAUGAGAGAUUUUGAAGGUAGUGUUAAAUUUUUCGAACGUGCUAAAGACACAAACGAAAUAAUUUUUGGAAAAAAUAACGUAAUUACGGGAGAAUCAUACCACUUGUUAGCGAAAGCUUUGGCAUUUGCUGAAGAUUUUAAAGCUGCAUUAAUUGCCGAAAAGUCUGCAUACAAUAUUUUCCACGCAAUGUACGGUGCUGAUCAUCAAAAGACGAAGGAAACUGAACUUUUAUUAAAAGAUCUUACUUCAAAUGCCGUUCAUAAUGCUAAGAUGGCUUUGCUUAAGAAACAAGAUAAACAACCACAACCACAACCACAACCACAACAACAACCACAACAACAGCAACGCAAACCUACACCAAGAACAACCACAGUUCAGCUAAGAACCACACCGCAUCAUCUUAAUGUUUCAACUCAAGUUAAAAAAAAGAAAUUGUCAAAAAAGUAAUACAUUGUUAAUCAGAAGACAAUUUGGAAUUCAUUUUAACUUAAUUAAACAAUUUUAGCUUAAAGUAUUAAUAAUAAAAAAUCCAACUUUAAAUAAUAAUA